AUGCUGCAGCCACCACAGUACCAAUACUGCAAAUUUGCCGCCACCCGUCUGCGACUGGUGUACUGGAUUGUAAGUAACGCAUUCUGCUACGCGUAUGAAGACCUUCUCAAGGCGCAGGUUAUCUAUGAAACUCAUCCCCCGCUGAUACAGCUGUACCUUAUGCAGCCACUUGCUAUAGUCGAGGAGUCUUCAGAACAUAUCCUUAGUACGGAGAAAGGUGUCUAUGGCCGUUAUGCGGAUCUCGCGGCGGGGAUUGUUGAACUUGUCACCGAUGAGUGCAGGGAUUUGGAUGCCGUCGGGGUGUCCGGUGCUUCCAAUGAUUAG